UUAAAGCCGCCUCGCGCCGGGUAAAAAAAAGGAUUUGACAGUUGCAAGUUGCGAGUGUUUGUGCUUCCCCGCUCGUCUUCCUCCGUGGGACACGCAGCAUGGCGGCGGCUGCUGCUGGUACCAGCGGCCAGCACGUCACCGCAAUUUCGGCCUCUAAAAAAACACAGACUCGGGAGCAAAUCCGGAGGAACCGUGAGAAUUCCAACCGCAGACAAGCUGCUCUUUUGUUCCUGAGUAACAUCUCCUUGGACGGGCGGCCGGUUCAAAUCAGCCCGGCUGAGAAUGGAGGGAGUCUCCGGCACAAUGAGAGCGACCAGGGAGGUGCCGGACUUGCUUCUACGGCGGCAGGACUUUAUCCGGAGCCAAGUAACAAGAAGGAUAGCUCCGGGACAUCCGCGACUUUGUCAGCUUCUGUCAGCUGCGUGGAAGUGAAAACAUCCACGACGCCGCGGGCAGGCGUGGGGUUCCUCACUGUGCCGCCUAUCCUGGUCCUGCCCUCGGACACGGAGAGUGCGGAUCUGAUGCUCGACCAUCCGAGAGACUGUGUCCUCCUGGCCGCCAACAGCAACCUGCUGUCGCCUUCAGCGUCCAACAGCAGCCUUCAGCCUUCGCCGGUGGGACCACGGAAGUCUUCCACGCUGUUGUCGGUACAGAGCUGUAACUCCGUGUCCUCCGAGCUGAGGCAAAGGACUCGUAAUCUGUCAGGCGGGUCUCCUAAGCCUCGACACGCCAAGAAGAUCCACUUCAUCAAAAACAUGAAACAGUACGACACAAGGGGUAGCAGGAUUGUGCUGAUCUGUGCUAAAAGAUCUCUCUGUGCUGCCUUCUCUAUUAUGCCCUAUGGAGAGAGUUUUUACCUCAGUGACCCAAUGUUGAAUCACCCCAGGAGGAGACACUCAUCCGGGAAUAUUUCCACGUCCUUGGAGAUGGGACUAGAGGGUUUUCACUUGGAUACCUAUGGCAGGUCGGUGUCAUAUGCCCAGUUCCUGUACCCCACUAACGCCCUGGUGAGGCAGAAGCCGUCUUCCACCAGCGACCUGACGCUACAAAUUCCCCUGUCUAGGAGCACUCAUAGCAUGCCAGGCAGGAGCUUUCCUCCGAGUAGGUUGAACAGCACUGUGGGACUGGACCUAGGACUGGAGGAUGUAACAGACUAUGACCCAAAUAUUCUCGGUGACCCCCAGUGGCCUUGUGGGAAACACAAACGUGUGCUGAUUUUUGCCUCCUACAUGACGACUGUCAUAGAAUACGUGAAGCCUUCAGACCUGAAGAAAGACAUGAACGAGACAUUCAAGGAGAAGUUUCCUCACAUCAAACUCACCCUUAGUAAGAUUCGCAGUCUGAAAAGAGAGAUGCAAUCAGUCGGGGAGGACUUUGGCCUGCAGCCCGCCACCAUCGCGAUGGCGUUUGUCUACUUUGAGAAGCUGGUGCUGCAGGGGCGACUCAAUAAACAAAACAGGAAGUUGGUGUCAGCUGCCUGUAUCCUAUUGGCUGCCAAGAUUAGCAGUGACCUCAAGAAACAGGAAGUCAAACACCUCAUUGACAAGCUGGAGGAACGCUUCAGGAUAAGUAGGCGUGAGCUGAUAACAUUUGAGUUUACCAUCCUGGUGGCCCUGGAGAUGGCGCUCUACCUCCCGGAGAGUAAAGUCAUGCCACAUUACAGGCGGCUUAUGCAGCGGCAGCAGUUGUAGCUUCAUGAACACAUCUAUAUUUACUGCUGAUUUGCAGUUUUUAAAUAUGCAUUGGUUUCCACAAGCUCUCCUUUUUGUAUGGUAGUGGACAGCUGAGUAGCAUUCUGACUAGAACUCCACCUCAUUUAGUCUCCCUGAGUUCAACAAAUGGAGACAUGUCCAAUCCUCUGCAUACAUAACCCAUAAGGAAUCAUGUGACGUGAAUCAAUCACACCUGUCCAUGGAGGCUGUUGUGACUUGUUUCAUGCCGCAUGAACAAAGAGAAAAGUAGAAGUUAUUUUAUUGCUGGAGAUAAACAAACAGGAAGUCAUCCUUUGGGAAAUAUCACUGUGUGACAGGUACUGGACUUAACCAGCAAUACCAAGCCUCCAAGAAAUUCCCGAAGAUUCCUGUGAAAUGUAAACCCGUCAGUGCACACCAGGAUUUGAUGUAGUUCUCCUAAUCAACUUUUCCAGGUGACAAAAACUACACUCACAGACAGAACCACUUGGGUCUUUUGUCACUUUGUUUUAAAGGAACAAUCUGCCAUCAUAUUAUGCACUUCUAACCAGUAGAGGGCAGCAUUACCUACCAAACCCUAUAUUUACUGAUGAGUUCUUGCUGUAAAGAAGAAUUCUAUUAGGGGCACUGGUCUGGUUCCCCUCAGCUCACACCAAAGGUUUUAUUUUGGCAAAACAUAUAUAAAGUAAAAAGGGUGGACCAGCAGCCAUGUUUGGUCUCUGCUGCUUAUGCACUUUGUCUUGUUGUCCUGUUUUAAAACUCAAACGAACAAAGAUAUUUUUCUACAAUGUUGUUUUGUAUAUUGUAAUGCUGUGCUUGUUGGUUUUUCUAUUCACCUCGGAACAAGCGGAUGUUGUUUCCACUUUCAAAUGUAUUUAGUAUUUUAGUAGUAAAAAAAUGUGUCUUCUCUACAUUAGAGACUUGAUUCUAUGCAGCAUUUAUUGAUGACUGACCUUGUUUCCUAUUGGAUGUAAUGGCACACUUGGCUAUUUACUGUUUGUCUUCCAUUUAUUUAUUACUAUUUCUACAUAUAAGUUUAUUUGAAGUUACGUUUCUAUCAUUUUGUAUUUUGUUUGUUACUGACAAUGUGGUAAAUAAGACUGCAUCCGUUUUCUUCUGUUAUCCUCUCUUUCACAAUGUUACUAGUGAGUAGCAAAAUGAUACUGAAGCAUAGAUGCAUCAUGAAAGACAAGGAGUGAUACUGUGUCCCUCCAUAUGUGUGUCACUUUAAGACAUGACCAAUAAAUCUGCUGUGUGAUUUGAUUG